AAAAGCAAGUUUAUAAAAAAGUCAGUUAAUAAAUUGCUGCAAAGAGAGCGCGAAAACAAAAAAAGAAACCCUCUGGUCUCCGUUAAAUCGAAGGAUUCUCAAUCUCAAACAUCCAUUUUUCUCUUCAUUUCGGUCACACUUUAAUUACUGAAAUUGUCCAUGUUUGGGCAAUGUGAAUGGUGCAAAGUCUGCAUGCUGACGUGGGGUGCCUUUCUUGACGUUUAUUGGAAGAAUAGUUGUUCUUACCAACUAUAGAGUAUCCAAAUCCAAAACAUAACGGAUAUGGGGCUGAAACGUAGAUUUUUAUGGAAGAGGGUGAAAGUAAGUUGCCUGCACCUUUUGGCAUGGAUGAAGACCAAAGGAAUAAAGAAAAUGACAGGCUGAUUACAAGGAAAAGGAAGAGGAAGGGAACUCCAAGUGGAUUUGUCCUUUGUAAUGAAGACUUUUCAAUCUCUCAAUCUUUCCAUCAGAGACCUACUGAAUACUUUUCAAAUCAAGAGGCUUUGGAUAUAAAUGUAACCGAGGGAAAUUUUCUUCCCUGUUCAAUGAUUGCCAAUGCUGGGGAGGACAUAAUUGCAAAAAUAACUUCAUUUUGUGAAAGUUGUUCUUGCCAUGCUUACAUUGUUUCUGCCGUGGGAUCCGUUGCUCAUGCUAGCAUUCUUCACUCUGGUAAUGCUUCGACAUAUGAGGGAUCGUAUGGAAUAGUGACCCUGGCAGGGCAUGUCUCCGCAUCCUUAGCCUCUGGUGGCAGUAAUGGCAAUAAAGUUGUUAUCACUUUGACGGGCAAAAAUGAUUCUUUAUUUGGUGGCUAUGUUUCUGGACCUUUGGUAGCAGCAACUAAUGUUCAAAUUAUGUUUUGGAAGCUUACUCAUUCUCCUUCGGAGGAAACUUCUGCUCAAGGUUCUUCAUCCACCGUAGACUCCCCAGGGACAGAAAUGAAGAUUCCUUGAAACUUAUUACCCUAAAGGAUAUAAGAAGGUUAAGUUUCUUCUUUCAUUUUUCUCUUGGGGGAAGGUGGGGUUAUAAUCCUUCACUUCGUUGCUGCUGUCUCAAGCGUGAUACUGAUAAUUUAAAGUUAUUGCUGUAAGGUUCCAUAGACAUGGUUUAGAAACUUGGGUUCGUUUUGGAUCAUUACAUUGCUGCGAAUAAAUACAACUUUGGAUUUCGUACUUUUAAUUUUGGGUUAUGCCCUUAAUUCCUAAACAGCAUGGAUUUUCCUUUUGUUGAUUGGAAUUUUGUAUGAAUAUUUCUUUGGUCUAGCAUUCCCAUCUUCACUUUUCUAAACCAUCAGGUAACAUUUAUCAUUUUCAAUAUCAUCACAGUAAUUUAAUUAU